CCACAGCCCGCCCUCAUCGCCGAGCCCUCGACGACCCCUUGUGACCGCCGCAUGGCCCAAAUCUCCAUUGCCAGAUGCUCUUUGCUCGGCAUGACUCGAAUACCGGAUGUCACCCUUGUCUUGGACGGUGUGGGUGACAUCCUGCAAGGGCGACCCGAAGCUGUCGACCUCGGGAUCCCCCACGAUGCGAGCUCCAGAUCGGGUGGCCUGGCUCUGGCCUGGUCUUCUCGUGAGAGCGAGUUGAUCUUGCCGCCUUCAGGUCGUCCCAUAAGUUGAGGCCAAGCUCCCGACUUUUUCAGCACGGCCGCGUCUUCGACAGCUCUUGUGUCGAUCCUGCACAGCGCCAAGCCUCACCGUCGACGCUCUCCAGCAUGGGGAAAACAUUUGCAAGGGCUGCCUCAACGGCACCGAGGUCGGUCCUCGUCCUCUUCUCCAUCUUCUCCCUCUUCUCGCUCGGCGUGCUCUUCUCCUCCUCCUCGACCGGCAAGGCAACGCUUGCAAAGGCUGGGUGGAGCACCCACGACGACCACGCUCGCUUCCAAGUGCCUCCGCACCGUGAGCCCAGACAGCAGUCUUCUGGAGACAAGUAUCUGCUCGGCGUCGGCAAGGCAGACAUCACCGGCCCCGUCGUCGAGAUUGGCUUCGCGGGCUACGCCGACCUGAACCAGGUGGGCACAGGUCUCCGCCAGAGAAUCCACUCGCGCGCCUUCAUCGUUGGCGAUGUCAACAAGCCCCAGGAUCGUUUCAUCUACCUGCUCCUCGACAUUUCCUUUGGCGACACUGGAAUCCGCAGGGGCAUCCUCGAGGGCAUCGCUGCCCUCGGCGGAGAAUAUGCCGUCUAUGGCGCCGGCAAUGUUGCCGUCACUGGCACACACUCUCACUCUGGUCCGGGCGCGUGGUUCAACUACCUUCUUCCCCAGAUUACCACCCUCGGCUUUGACAAGGCGAGCUACCGGGCCAUUGUCGAUGGUGCCGUCUUGUCUGUCAAGAGAGCGCACGAGUCCUUGCAGGAGGGAUACCUCGACUUUGGCAUGGUGAACAUCGAGGACAGCAACCUCAGCAGAAGUCUUUAUGCCUACAUGGCGAACCCGGCAGAAGAACGUGCGCAGUACAGCGACAGCGUCGACAAGGAGAUGACCGUCCUGCGUUUCCAGCGAGCUUCGGACAGCAAGAACAUUGGCGUGCUGACCUGGUUCCCUGUCCACCCUACUUCGAUUUACCAGAACAACACCCACGUCACUGGCGACAACAAGGGUGUGGCCGAGCUCAUGUUUGAGAAAGCCAUGGCCGGCCACUCCUCUGCCGCCGAAGGCUUCGUCGCCGGCUUUUCCCAGGCCAACGUAGGAGACACUACGCCAAACGUCCUUGGUGCUUGGUGUGACGAUGGCUCAGGACUGCAGUGCAGCUACGAGAACGCGACCUGUGCCAACGGCAUGUCUCAGGCUUGCCACGGCCGCGGUCCGUUCUAUGAGAAGCAAGAUAAAGGCGUUGCAAGUUGUUACGAGAUCGGCAAGCGCCAGUACGAUGGUGCCCGCUCUGUUUAUGACUCUCUUCCGUCUGCUGGCACGCCCGUUGUGGGCUCGUCUGUCAAGUCGUUCCACUUCUUCCAUGACAUGCGGUUCUGGAACUUCCAGCUCGAAAAUGGUACCCAAGUCCAGACCUGCCCUGCUGCGCUCGGCUAUUCUUUUGCCGCCGGUACCACCGACGGUCCUGGCUUCGCCGACUUCACUCAGGGCGAUUCGGGUGACCCCGAUGCCAGCCCAAUCUGGCUCGCUGUCAAGAGUCUCCUCCGUGUCCCGACCGCGGCACAAGUGAAGUGCCAAGGCAAGAAGCCUGUUCUCCUUGACGCUGGCGAGCAGUCUGUCCCCUACGACUGGAGCGCAAACAUCGUCGAUGUCCAGAUGCUGCGUGUUGGCCAGUUCGUCAUCAUUGUCAGCCCCAGUGAAGCUACAACCAUGGCUGGCCGAAGAUGGCGCAAUGCCGUCAAGGCCGCUGCCACAGACAUUGUCGGAGGCGGUGUCGAGCCCAAGGUUGUGCUCGGUGGCCCCGCCAACACGUACGCCCACUAUGUCACCACUCCCGAGGAGUUUGACAUCCAGCGCUACGAGGGUGCAAGCACUCUGUACGGCAAGUGGGAGCUCAACGCUUACAUCAACCUGACUGUCAGCAACAUCCAGUACCUUGCUCCCGACGCGACUGGUGCCCCCUCUCCCGGCCCUGAGCCUCAGGACAACCGCAACAGCAGCCUUAGCUUCAUCACUGGUGUUGUGUACGACUCGCCUGGUAUCGGACAAUCUUAUGGUGCUGUUCUUAGUCAGCCGGCUGUAUCGUACACUCGUGGUGCAGUGGUCAACGCGACAUUUGUUGGUGCCAACCCCCGUAACAACUUCCGCCUUGAGGGAACAUUCACUGCCGUUGAGAAGCGGCAGAGCGAUGGCACCUGGAGUCGUGUGCGCGACGACACUGAUUAUCACCUGGUUUACUAUUGGAAGAGGACGAACGGCCUCCUUGGCACAAGCACAGUUACCGUCAGUUGGGAAACCGAGGCCGAUGCCGCGCCGGGCGUGUACCGCCUAAAGUACUACGGUGACGCGAAGGCAUUCCUUGGUGGAGUCAUCACGGCGUUCGAGGGCACAAGCUCCACCUUCACCCUUUCUUGAAACCGGUAGCUUUGAAGGACGUUGGGUUUCACUGUUGUUCGCAUUUAUUCUGUUGAUGACCAUUGAGUAAUGAUUUCACGGGUAGUAUGGCAAUAAUUGAAUGAUUCUUGCAGUCACUGUUCCUGUAUCUAUCGAGACUGUCUAGUGAUGAAAUCUGUAUGGGAGACAUCCACAAAUCAUCUUCAUCUUUGAU